AUGACAGAGUAUAGUAGUCAAUCGUCUACAUUGGAAAAGAUUUCCGACCUUUUUAUCAACAUCACCAAUACAAAAAGCGAUAGAGAAAGCUUUAUUCAAAAACUGGCUUUACCACUAUACUUACUCAUGGAUAAGCAAAAUUUAUCACCAAAUGCAUUAAUUUGUUCUAAAAAUGUUGGUAAAGUGAGACGAUUUGAUUAUGCAUCACUCUUUGAAACAAAUAUGAUCAAUCUACUUCAGGAAAUUGAUCCAAAUUUACAGGAUUAUUUGCAGUUGUUAGUUCAAGACAAAAAACAUCUAAGAUUGAUCAACAGUGGUAAAUCGAGUAUUGUGAUUAAUCAUAAUUACUACCCUGGUGAAGUUUCAAAAGUAAAUGAAAUAUCAUGUCUUUUCACUGAUGCUGAAUCAAGAUUAAGAAGUGCAGAUUGUAAUAUUAUAAUAAAUGACACAGAAAUUAAACUACUUAGCUUAUAUUGUGAGGUUGGGUUGACAAUACAAAAAUUCAUAAUGCUUAAAGAAUUGAGAUCUUUUUUAUCCAAAGUCCCCGAACAAAUGGUGAUUGCAGCUGAUUUUAAUUUGAAUGCUUAUUACUCGAAACCAGGAAUGAAAGAAUAUUUUGAUAUCAUUAUUGAAAUUAUGGAAGAGCAUGAUCUAGUAGCAAUAGAUAAUUUUUUCAAGAUUCCAGUUUAUACAAAUAUGGGGCAUUUUGCUUCAGCCCCAGAUAAGAUCCUAGUAUCUAAGAAUUUGGCACAAAAUAUAAGUUUAAUGGCUCUAUUUUUUGACGGAAAUUCAACCCAUGCUUUGGGACUUUUUGGUUUGACUGAUACUAAAAUGAUUAAUUUGAAAAAUUAUACACAAAAUCAAAAUUCCAUCAAAAUUUUAGUGAAACUCAAUGAAUGUGUAACAAAAUACAUACAAAAACAAUUUGAUGUUAAGCAACUACAAAGUAUCAGGUCAUUUAUCGAGGAAGAAAAACUACCUAGAGUUCAAAAUGCUUUAUCAACUACAUUGAAACAAGUGGAAAUUUUGAAGAAACAAAAAGAAAACAUUAAAGAUGAGUUGUCGAAAGAAGCCUAUUCCAAACAAAAUGGUGAUUAUGUUAGUCAAAUACAUUUGCUACCAGAGGCAGAAACUAUAGAUUUUAAAUUGCUAAACUAUUAUCAAGUAAAGGAGAGUCAGAAGAACCAUUUCAAGAAAUUAAAAUUGGAUGAGCAGACUAUAGAAGUCUCUACAGCCGAACUAACUGAUGAACAAUUUAAUGUUAUUACUAGUUUUAAUGAUGAGGAACCUGAUGAAAUAAGUGAUGCUUCCGAAGUGGAAGACGAUGUUGCAGGAUUAAUUGAAGAAAAUAAUAAGACUCUCCCUACCUUUGACGAUCUAUUCCAAAAUAAAAAUGAGGAAAAUGUCACUUUUGAAAGAAUUUUUGUACAUAAAAUUCCACUAGUAGCUGAAGCAUUUAUAUUGAAAAGAUAUAAUCUAGAAAAAAAUUCAUUUUUCAGACUCAGAUACGAUCCUAUUUUUAAAGACUUCCAAAGAUUCUUCCCAGAUGUAGUUGAACAAAGAAAUUGUACACUUGGGACAUUAAAGGAUAGAAUCAGAAGCUUAAAAAAGUCGGAGUAUACUAUAUUGGAUGCUGAAUCAAAUUAUCAUUAUACAGGCGCAUUCAUAGAUCAACGUGUUGUGAAAAAGGAAGGAGAAGUAGAUUUUGAUCGAGUAUUUCCAAUAUAUGCAAUGGUUGAAUUAGUGAUACAAUUUAACAGGCUUGGAGCUAGAAAUACAUUGCUAUCAAGAAUUCUUAAUGCCAAAUUUAAAACGCAGAGAUUUAACUUUCGUAAAGUUCAAUAUUUCAUCCAAAGACUUUAUGAGCUGGGAUUGAUCAAACUAAUAAACAACAAAUACAAAUUUACGGAAAAAUUUGUCAGAGAUACAAUUAUUAAUUUGGAUGAACCAGAUGAAAAUAAUUUGAAAAUAUCAGAUGUUCUUGAUUUAGACUCAAUUAAAUCAACAAAUAGUAUUUUGACAUUGACUGAAUUGAACAAGAAUUUAGUAUUAGAGUUUCAUGGUUUGCCAUUUUUCAAAUCAGGACUGGGAUCAUGGUUACUACCUAAAUCAAUUAUCAGAACGAGUAAAAGUUUAGACAUAUCAUCAUCGACUACCCUGAAUUUGAAUGCUAAUUUUGAUACCACAAGUAAUAUUUGGAGUAGAGAGGAAGAUAUAAAAUUCCUUCAAGCAUGUGGUGAAGUUUAUAAAAAUGAAGUCUUGGAUUUGAGUUUAGUUCAAGCAAAACAUUUCCCACAUUUGACAAUGGCACAGUUAAUUCGCAAAAUUUAUAGUUUUACGGUGGAUAAAACUCCAUUGAGUUUUCAAGAAAAAAGUUUAAUAGUGAAAACAAUUUCAAACUAUAUCAACUCAUCUCCCAUCGAACCAAAGACUAUACCACAAGUUAUACAUUCUGAAAUCAUUAAUAAUUUGGAGAAAAAGUUUCUGACCCAUAGGAAUCAGGAUCAAACUCGAUAUUUUUGGAAUUAUUUUGGGGUUAAAAUUUUCCAAUAUAAUAAGGCUAAAUAA